UCGACAGUGGGGAAGACAUCGCUGGUGCAAGUUUUUGCUCAUGAUCGUUCAUAUUUCUCCAAGAAUUACACCAUGGAACUGUACAUCUACGACUCUUCCGGAAAAGACCUUUAUCUGGACAUGAUGCAAGAACUUUGGAAGGAUGCUGCUCUAGUGAUUGCGGUCUUUGACGUUACAAGUGAUCGAUCUCUUGAGCACAUAUCCGGCUGGCUAUCAAAGUUAGAGAAAAGUGCGCCCCUGAGUUCCCUAACUGGUGUCAUUGUGGGAAGCAAGACGGACCUCAAAGAACGGCGAGUUGUCUCGUCGAAGAAAGGACAGGAGACAACAAAGAGCUUCAAUUUCCAGUACUUCGAAUCUUCAGCCAAAGAAGCUGAAGGUGUUGAAGAACCUUUUUUCUACCUUGCAAACGAGUGGCACAAGCUGUGUACGGAGAGAGCAGAAAGCUUCAGAACCGUGAUAUGA